AGACUUACCGCAACAUUCCGACAACCACAGCUUACAAGAGCAGUGAGUGGACAGUGUAGAAAAAAUUAAAGAAAAAUCAUCAUGUUGGCCACACUCGUCCUGCUCGCCACAGCGGUAAUAUUCUUCUGCUUUUAUGCCAGGUAUAAGUUGAACUACUGGAAGAGACGCGGUGUCGAAUCUAUUCCGGCGGAUUACAUUUUCGGAAACUUUAAGGAUGCUAUCCUCUUCCGUUCAGCGCCGGGUUUUCAUCUCGGCGAACUGCACAACGUGGCCAAGUCGGACGCGCCGUUUGUCGGCUUUUACAUCUUUCACAAACCUUGCUUGCUAUUGCGUGAUCCUGAGAUCAUUAAGCAUUUCAUGAUCCGCGAUUUCGACAAUUUCUCUGAUCGCCAUUUUGCUGGCUCCAAUCAGACGGAUAGCAUCGGCAUGAAGAAUCUCUUUGGCCUGAAAAACCCGGCGUGGAAGUACCUGCGCACCAAGAUUACGCCCACCCUGACGAGGGGCAAGCUAAAGCAGAUGUUCCCGUUGAUGAUGGAGACCGGAGAACCCAUGAUGAAGUUCCUGAAGAACCAACCGGCUGACAUGAACAAUACGAAGAUUGUGGAUGCUCAAGAUCUGAGUUACAAGUACGCAACCGAUUUAAUUGCCUCGGUUGCUCUUGGUAUCAAAGUGGACUCCUUCCAUUAUCCAGAUACUGAGUUCACCACUGCAGUCGCCGAGUUCUUUCACGGAUUCAAGAGAAUGAUCGCGUUGGUGACGGUGUUCUUCAUGCCUGAGCUGGUGGAGCUAUUCGGUACGAAAUUGCUCUUCAACGCUUCUUUCAUAAAGAAGGUUUUCUGGGAUGUGAUGGAGAAUCGGGAGAAGAGCGGUCAGAAGAGAGGCGAUUUCAUUGACUCGCUGCUUCAGCUGAAAUAUGGCGAGCAGAAUCCCGAUUACAAAUUUGAAGGUGACAAUCUACUAUUCCAAUCCGGAACCUUCUUCUCGGGCUUCGAGUCGAGCUCCGCCUGCUUGUCAUUCACCCUGAUGGAAUUAGCAAACCAUACGGAAUACCAGGAACUGGCCAGAGAGGACAUCAACAACGCUAUCGAAAAGUACGGCUGGACGUAUGAGGCGUUCCACAAUAUGAAGUACUUGGAUCAGGUUAUAGCCGAAGGUUUGAGGAUGCAUCCGCCCGUGUCCACGAUCGACAGAUACACUCGUCAAGAUUACACGAUUCCCGGCACCGAUGUGAUAAUCGAGAAAGGCACACCGAUAUACAUCUCUCUGUAUGGCCUUCACAGAGAUCCCAGGUUUUUCGAUGAGUCGCACAUCUUCAACCCCGACAGAUUCGCUGAGGGUAAUCAAAUCAACGACGCUUACAUACCUUUCGGGACCGGACCUAGAAUGUGCAUAGGAUCUAAAGCAGGCACGCUACACGCUAAAGUCGUUCUGUCGAUGCUUCUACGCGAGUAUAAGAUCUGGCAGAGUAGUGACAACAAGACUAGCCUGGAUACACGAUCAACCUUCACCGCGGCGGCUGACGGCAUCAAGCUUCACUUUAAGAAGACACAAAUAGUAUUAGUUAUGAGCCGCCAAAGAGCGGUGUACCGAGAGUGGCGUUUCGUCCGAAACGGGUUAAAGUGCGAGUUAGAUAAGAGCUAUCUCUGUUAUACGAAUAUUCGACUGCAAGAUCUUUAUGUGGUGAUAUUGACCAAUUGCAUAAUGUGGAACGUCCUCUUGAUAUUUUCGGCGCUCCUGGCGGCGCUGUAUCUUUGGAUGAAAUGGAAGCAUUCUUACUGGCAGAGACGAGGCAUACCUACGCUGCCCGGACACUGGUUCUUCGGACACUUCAAGGACCCCAUACUGAUGAGAAAGUCGCCGGGUAUGGUGGCCGGUAAUCUACAUAAGCAAGCUGCCGACAAUGACGAUGUCUUGGGCAUUUAUAUCCUACACAAGCCGUUUCUGCUCGUGAGGAAUCAUGAGCUCAUCAAGCAAAUACUUAUUAAAGAUUUCCAUAUAUUCCCGAAUCACCAUUUCACAGGCCAGAGCAUUGCUGACAAAGUCGGUUCCUCAAGCCUUUUCGGGAUAACUAGUUCCCAAUGGAAAUAUUUAAGGGUAAAAAUGACGCCGGUAUUCACAAGCGGGAAGUUGAAAAAUCUGUUCUUAUUAAUGAUGGAGUCCGCAGAACUCACGAGGGUACAUCUGCGUGAGCAAUUCCAAGGAGACUCCAAAGUCGCGUCGUUCACUGUCAAGGAUACGUUCUACAAGUACACCACCAACGUGAUAGCCUCCAUGGCGUUCGGGGUUCGCAGCAACUGUUUCGAUCCUGCGACGUCAUCGGAAUUUUACAAAUAUUCAACUGAGGCUUUUCAGAUGACUUUCCUAAGAGCCAUACAGUUCUUCUUCCUUUUCUUCUUUCCGAAUUUGGGAAAAUAUCUCGGUGGGUCUAUGCUCAACACCAGCACGGAUUAUUUUCGCAAAGUCUUCUGGGACUCGAUGGACAAUAGAACCGUCACAAAGAUGAAACGGGGCGAUCUGAUCGAUUCCCUCUUGCAACUGAAAACCGAGAAUGUUUCGGACGAAAUUUUCCAAUUCGAGGGGGAUGCUCUUUUCGCUCAGGCGGCAAUUUUCUUCGUUGCCGGCCGCGAAACCACCAUAACUGUAAUUACCUAUACACUGUGUGAGUUGGCCAAGAAACCGGAGAUACAGAAGAGACUCAGACAGGAGAUUCUUGAGAAGAUUGAAGUUGCGAACGGUAUCACGUACGAAGCUGUCCAGGAUAUGAAAUAUCUGCAACAAGUGAUCUAUGAAGCGAUGAGAUUAUAUCCACCUGUGCCGAUCCUCGACAGAGUUCCUCUCGAAGAUUACACGUUUCCCGGUACAAACAUAACUGUCGAGAAAGGCAUGCCGAUAUAUAUUGGAGUGUAUGGUCUUCACACCGAUCCCAAAUAUUAUUCGAAUCCUAUGACUUUCGAUCCUGACCGGUUCAGCGAUGAAAGGAAGGGCGAGAUACUACCAUGCACUUAUUUGCCUUUCGGCGAAGGUCCGCGGAAUUGUAUAGGCUCGCGAUUAGGAUAUUUGCAAACUGCCGUGGGACUGAUUACAGUUUUGCGCGAUCACGAGAUCGCGUUGAAUCCUUUCUGGCAGUGUACCGUAGAUGAAAAGAAUGUGUUCACCAGUCCACCAUCAGGAUUCAAGCUGGAUAUGAAGAAGAUAUAGACGAUACGCACUGUGAUAUAUUCUUGAUUUGGUCAAGUGGAUUGAUACCCCUGAAGACUCAAGAAACAUUGAUAAUGCCAACUUAUCGUUACAAAAUUGGAAAAAUGCUGAAAAAAUAUAAUAAAUAUGAAA